GGCGCAUUCUGGGAAUUGUAGUUCAAGUUCUCUGCCUGUUGCCGGAGCUUGGGCUGAGGGCCGAUGCGAAGCACUCUGGGAAGUGUCUCCAGGUGGUUUCAGUUAGCAUCCGCUCCGCAGGUCCUCCCUCUGACCUCUCAGCAUGGAUUGAGUGGAAGGUGAGAUUGUGAUUCCUUCAGCGCAGACAGCAAAGUUCCCGAAGAAACAGAGAGACAAAGCUUGGAAUGCUGACUGCAGGAUGAAGCUGGGACGGGGACCCCACCUGCCUCUGACCUUGUGUGUUCAUUGGUGCAACAGCUGUCAUCUUUGUCGCUGUAGAUGCGCACAGUAGGCUAGGUGUUGGGACUGAGGUCACACAGCAGCUUCAUCGCAGGUAAGUGUGAGAAACCUCUGGAGCAGCGUGCUAGCACGCAUGUGCUAAUGUGCUACUUGGGUAGCCCCUGAUGUGCCAAACAAUAGCAUUUUAGCUUUUAUAGUGACUUUUGGGAUAGGAUCUCCUUGUGGAAUCCAGGCCAACUUGAACUGAAAGCAAUCUUCCUGCCUCAGUCUCUCCUGAGUACCAGAACUGCAGGUGUGUGACAUCACACCAAGCUCUUGUUUCUGCCCAGCAAAUAUGAUUCCUGUAGUUUGUUAAUUUUAAUUAUGUUGAUUCUAAAAAUAUGGCUACCUUAUUUCCCAGAGGCGGGACUUCAUUCAUUUGUCUCUGUUUCCAUAGUGAAGUCUUCCAUGGCUCUCCUCUCAACUCAGUGAGUUUGCAAAAUGGCAUGAUUUGAAAAGCUGGCCAUUUGUGCACUGAUUCCCAGAGCACUGACUUGACCGCCGUUCUCCACUGUUCCAGUGUCAAAGUCUGACUCAGAGGCUGGGAAGGGAGUGUUCUCUUGGAGCAAAUGGUUGGUUGUCUCUCCUGGGCCAGGGGUUCUCAGCUGCAGGGGCGAGUGCUGUCUGAAUCAGCCUCCCUGAGGAGGGAGCACCAUUGCUAUCCACAGCAUGCUGCCAUGGGAGCUGGCUGGUCACACCCCGGCCAGAUGUUGAUGGUUCUUUUCUCUCCCAUCAAUGCACCUUCCUAAGACGCAGCCGUUCAUUGGGAGAACAGAAUGAUCAAGUACAAGGGUUCCAUCCUGUCCUGGAACUCAGUAAGGCUUCCAAUUGACAAGUCACCCUCCUGUCUCAGCCUCCCAUGUACUGGCAUGGGACACUGUACCCCACACCCAGUGCCUGUAUUGCUGCGGGUGGGACCCAGGGCUUUGUGGAUGCCAGGCAGGUACUCCAUGCCCGUGCCCCAUCCCAGCCUCAGCUACCCUUUGUCGAAAGAUUUAGGGGGCAUGUGUUUGGUGUUGUAGGAGGCAGUGACAUUCAAGGACGUGGCUGUGGUCUUCAGCCAGGAGGAGCUGGGGCUGCUAGACUCUGCCCAGAGGAAGCUGUACCGUGAUGUGAUGCUGGAGACCUUCAGGACACUGCUCUCAGUGGGGCCAUUGAAUGGGAGACUCAUGCACUGACCCCUGGCUUCUAGGGCGUGGAGGAGCCAGGAAUCUAAAUGAGAUGGAGUUGCUUCAGGAGGUAGGAUGGAGGUACCUGCCGCCCGAGGAGUUUUUCUGCUCACGAAUCUGGCACCAAGUUACAAGGGAGUUAAUGCAGGGUCGAGACUGCAUGGGGAAAGCUGGAGAAACUGGCUCUCAGUUAGGGAAACAGGAUGGUGUCCAGUGUGAAGAAGCCGGCUUCAGUAAACAUCCCAGUUGGAAUUCGCGGCUUCAGCUCCACUGCAGAAUAAAUGGUGGUGAAGAUCCUUCUAAAAAGGGGGUGAGUGGGGAAGACGCUAGCUGGGACUGUCAUCUCAGGGUGAAUGGGCAAACCCACGUGGGAGGGAGGCGGUACAAAUGUGAGAAGUGUGGCUACUCCUUCUGCCGCCUGUCGGGUCUUCAAGCUCACCAAGUAAGGCACACGGGAGAGAAGCCAUACAAAUGUGAGGAGUGUGGGAAGGGCUUCACUCGGGCCUCGACGCUUCUGGACCAUCAGCGAGGCCACACUGGAAACAAGCCCUAUCAGUGCGAUGCUUGUUGGAAGAGCUUCUGUCACAGCUCAGAAUUUAACAAUCACGUGAGAGUCCACACGGGCGAAAAGCCCUAUAUAUGUGAGGAGUGUGGGAAAGGCUUCAGCCAGGCCUCACACCUCCUGGCCCACCAGAGAGGCCACACUGGUGAGAAACCCUACAAAUGUAGCACGUGUGGGAAGGGCUUCAGUCGGAGUUCAGAUCUGAACGUUCACUGUAGAAUCCAUACCGGAGAGAAACCAUACAAAUGCGAGACGUGUGGCAAAGCCUUCAGUCGCGUCUCAAUUCUCCAAGUCCAUCAGAGGGUUCACAGCGAAGAGAAACCAUACCAGUGUGCAGAGUGUGGAAAGGGCUUCACGGUAGAGUCACACCUCCAAGCCCACCAGAGGUCCCACACCGGAGAAAGACCCUAUCAGUGCGAGGAGUGCGGGAAAGGCUUCUGUCGGGCCUCCAAUUUUCUAGCUCAUCGCGGAGUCCACACAGGAGAAAAACCGUACCAAUGCGACGUGUGUGGCAAACGCUUCCGGCAGAGGUCCUACCUCCACGACCACCACAGGAUCCACACUGGCGAGAAACCGUACAAGUGUGAGGCCUGCGGGAAAGGGUUCAGUUGGAGCUCCUACCUCAAAGCCCACCAGAGGGUUCACACUGGAGAGAAACCGUACAAGUGCGAGGCCUGCGGGAAAGGCUUCAGUUGGAGCUCCAGCCUCGUGAUUCACCAGAGAGUCCAUGCUGACGAUGAGGAUCACAGGGAUUUCCCUGCACCAGAGGACACCCUCAGGAAGCACACUCUAUAAGGUUUUAUGAUCUGAUAUUUCAGAUGGAAGCCAAAACGUUCCAGUUCUUAGAACUGUUGUGGGAGACAGAGGAGCUGUAUCAUAAAAGGGUCAGUAUUUCAACAGCAAUUAGGAGACCACAGAGCAAAGAAGCCUGUAUGUUGGAGCCAUGCAGACUUCAUUCAGAACCUUGACCUUUAACACACUGUGACAGUAACCACAGAAAGGUUGAGUGUCAACCGGAGGUUGCUAAAUAUCCUAGAACAGAAGAGACCAGAUCUGUUUGAUAGGAGCAACAUUCCUUAAGCUGCUGGUGGCCACCCCACGUGGGGCUGCAUAACCGAAUGUGGUGGCCACAAGGUGUUUCUAAAAACACUACACGCUUUCUACUUACCCAGUGGCCAAAACCUCAGAAUUCAACAGUUAAUAAAUCCGAGGGGCUUCUGGCAGCUCUUACCCAAGCCGCGACUGUGUGACUUUGCUGUAGCCUUCCCUGCGCUCACAGCGCGAACCCUGGCACCUCACUGUCCCUCUGCUCCAGCCGACAUUGCUCUGAAUGGCAGUGCUUUCUGCUGUGCGCACAUUUUCUGCUUGCACAGAAGCAUAAUCGUUUACUUACACUAUUUCCCUCUUUUCACCCCUCGCACUUAAGUGUCAGAUGAGUUUAGGGGCAGAUUGUGCUGUGUCCCAGCCAGUAUGGUUUUAAACAGCCGCGUAGCUCCUCUUAACAGAAAGUGGGCCGCAGUGUUACUAUGCAAAUCUGCUUUCACCAUUAAUAAAGUAUCACUUGUUGAAAUUGUUCUGAAAUACAUUUCUUCCAGUAAACAUUUGAGAUGUCCAUUUACAUUGUGUGCUUCUAUAGGCAAACAAUGCCAGAGACACCUCCUGCCUUCAGUAACUCUUAAGUCAGCUUUGAGAAGAGCAGUCAUUUGAAAUUUUUUAUUCAAUCUAUCUCUGAAUAAAGUUUCUGUAAAAUUGUUCCUAGGAGGCUUGAAGGACAUUUCAGUUAUACACACAGGUCAUUUUCCCAACCCCGUGGAACCUGUGUACCAAUGUCUAUCAAACUGAAGGGCUUUGUACAUUGGUGGCUUCAGCAAUCAGGGGGUUGUGGCCAGCGUGUCGGCACGCUUGUCCUUCACUGAAAUAUCUUUGUAGGCCGUCACACAUGCACAGACCUCAAUUUCAUUGCUUCCUGAAUUUUGACAAGUGUCUACACUUCUGUGGCCAUCAUCAUCAGCUGUGUCUUUUUAGUCAACAGAAAUUGACUAAAUUCCCAGUCGGCCCCACCUUCAGUCCAAGAAGCUUUCCGGCUUCUGAGCUGCAGAUGCAAAUCACAGCUGUCCUCAGGGCUCACAUAGGUGCAGGGUGUUGAUGUAGAGUCUGACCUCUCAGUUUAUUCAGAAAAUAUUUGACAAAACUCAGCAUUCAUUCAAGAUUAAAAAAAUACACGGUGAGGUAAGAGGUAAAUAUGGAGUUUCAAUAAAAUGAUUUUAAUGGAAAUAUAGACAGUAAGGCUAACUUUGUUAUGUCAUGGUAGACUUGGCAGAUGUUUAUUGUGGGGUGGCUCCCACCUAGACAUUUAAGUUUAGCAUCCUUGCUGAAUUCUUCUCCCUCUUUUGUCCUUGAUGAUUUCUGUCCUGUCUGUAUUGUUCAUUUUUUUUUCAAAAAUGUCAUAAAUGAAACCCUAUCCUGUGUGGCCUGUUGCAUCUA